AUGGAAACUGGCGACGGAAAUCAAGCUGGAUCAUCUUCGAAUCAGACUUUGACGAACAAGAAUCAGAGAAGUGAGGGGUUCGACAAUCCCUUAUUCCUCCAUGUCACCGAAAAUCCUAAUCUCAACCUUGUUUCUCCAUCACUGACUGAGCUGAAUUACGCCUCAUGGAGCAGAUCCAUGAGGAUUGCGUUGGAAGUCAAAAAUAAGUUUGCAUUUGCAGAGGGAACCAUUCCAAGGCCAGAGAUCAAUGAUCUGAAGCUUGCAUCAUGGAGAAGGUGCAAUAGAAUCGUCUGCUCUUGGAUUUUGAAGUCCAUAAACCCUAGCAUUGCAGACAGUAAUGAGAUUUUUAGAAAUGUGCAAGGUAGCUUGACAGUUAAUGAGUACUGCACCAAGAGCAAUGCUCUAUGGCAGCAGAUGAAUGCCUUAAGACCAUUGUUGUUGUGCGAAUACAUAGAAAAAGUCCUUAAUAUGACUUUGAAAGUUGAAAGAAAGAUAAGAGGAUCAAUAAACCAAAAAUGUAAUGAAUUCAUUCAGUCUAAUGUAGUUCAAACUGCAAAAGAACAGGCCACUGUGGUAGCCUCAGCUUUCAACAACAAGAAGAAGUUCACAAAUAAUGGAGGAAAAAAUGUGCCAAAGUGCACAUUCUGUGGGAUGAUAGGCCAUACCAUAGAAAAAUGCUAUAAGAAGCAUGGAUAUCCAUUAGGGAGGAUUCCAGGUUACAAAUCCAAAAACAGACAGCCUCAAGACAUGCAACAAUCCUCUAAUGCAUCAGUUAGCCAAAUUGGUGAUAAUCAGAAUAAAGGAAACCAAGCUGCAAGUAAUGCAGCUGUGACUAUCAGUUCCUCUGGAACCAAACCAGAUCUCAGAAACUCUGUGGAAGUUCACGAUGAAGGUAUAACCACUUCUAAACUUCUUGUUAAUACUGUGCUAAGCUCAGGAGAUGCAUGGAUUUUGGAUUCAGGAGCCAUAGACCUCAUCAUUUGCUCCCCAGAAUUCUUUGAAACUUGUCACAGGGUCCAAGGGAUAUCAGUUAAACUAACAAAUGAUGAGACAGUGAUUGUUACCCAUAUAGGGCAAGUCAGACUAAAUAAUGACAUAGUACUGCAAAAUGUACUAUACAUCCCAUCCUUUGCCUUCAAUGUCAUUUCUGCUAGUAAGCUGACAAAACAUUCAAAUUGUAAGCUUAUUUUGCAGGCUAACUCUUGUGCUGUUCAGGGACCUCUUGGGAGAAUGGAUGGUUUUGCUAAGGAAGAGAGUGGGAUGUACUUAAUCAGUGAACCACCUGCCAAGAAUAGAAGUCAAUCUGCUGCUAAAUUAGUUGAGAAUCAGUGUAAUGCUUUGACAUUAUAA